AUGACUGCAAUUUAGAGAGACGCGAAAGUACAAGCCUGUGGGGUCGCUUCUGCAACUGGAUAACUAGCACUGAAAAUCGUCUUUACAUCGGAUGGUUCGGUGUUUUGAUGAUCCCUACCUUAUUGACCGCAACUUCUGUAUUUAUUAUCGCCUUCAUCGCUGCCCCUCCAGUAGAUAUUGAUGGUAUUCGCGAGCCUGUUUCUGGUUCUUUACUUUAUGGAAACAAUAUUAUCUCUGGUGCUAUUAUUCCUACUUCUGCGGCGAUCGGAUUGCACUUUUACCCAAUUUGGGAAGCUGCAUCUGUUGAUGAGUGGUUAUACAAUGGUGGUCCUUAUGAGCUAAUUGUUCUACACUUCUUACUUGGUGUAGCUUGUUAUAUGGGUCGUGAGUGGGAACUUAGUUUCCGUCUGGGUAUGCGUCCUUGGAUUGCUGUUGCAUAUUCAGCUCCUGUUGCAGCUGCUACUGCUGUUUUCUUGAUUUACCCUAUUGGUCAAGGAAGCUUUUCUGAUGGUAUGCCUUUAGGAAUCUCUGGUACUUUCAACUUUAUGAUUGUAUUCCAGGCAGAGCACAACAUCCUUAUGCAUCCAUUCCACAUGUUAGGUGUAGCUGGUGUAUUCGGCGGUUCCCUAUUCAGUGCUAUGCAUGGUUCCUUGGUAACCUCUAGUUUGAUCAGGGAAACUACUGAAAAUGAAUCUGCUAAUGAGGGUUACAAAUUUGGUCAAGAGGAAGAGACUUAUAAUAUUGUGGCUGCUCAUGGUUAUUUUGGCCGAUUAAUCUUCCAAUAUGCUAGUUUCAACAACUCUCGUUCUUUACACUUCUUCUUGGCUGCUUGGCCUGUAGUAGGAAUCUGGUUCACUGCUUUAGGUAUUAGUACUAUGGCUUUCAACCUAAAUGGUUUCAAUUUCAACCAAUCUGUAGUUGAUAGUCAAGGUCGCGUUAUUAAUACUUGGGCUGAUAUCAUCAACCGUGCUAACCUUGGUAUGGAAGUAAUGCACGAACGUAAUGCUCACAACUUCCCUCUAGACUUAGCUGCUGUUGAAGUUCCAGCUAUUAAUGGAUAAGGUUUUUCUGCUAACAUAUAAGAAUUUUUUGAAGAAAGAAAAGACAAAAAUACCCAAUAUCUUGUUCUAGCAAGAUAUUGGGUAUUUUGAAUCUUUUUUUUCUUCUUAAUCUUUCUAUUCAGAAUUCAGUUAACGACGAGAUUUAGUAUCCUUUCUUGCAUUUUCAUAACUCGUAAAAUGCCGAGUAGGCACGAAUUCUCCCAAUUUGCGACCUACCAUAGGAUUUGUUAUGUAAAUAGGUAUAUGUUCCUUUCCAUUAUGAAUCGCAAUUGUAUGGCCAACCAUUGUGGGUAGAAUGCUAGAUGCCCGGGACCACGUUACUAUUGUUUCUUUCUCCUCCUUCAUAUUGACCUUUUCUAUCUUUGCCAAUAAAUGAUGAGCUACAAAAGGAUUCGUUUUUUUUCGUGUCACAGCUGAUUACUCCUUUUUUCCUUUUUAAAGAGUGGCAUUCUAUGUCCAAUAUCUCGAUCGAAGUACGGAGGUCAGAAUAAAUAGAAUAAUGAUCAACGGAAAAAAGAAAAAAAUCCUUUAGCUGGAUAAGGGGCGGAUGUAGCCAAGUGGAUCAAGGCAGUGGAUUGUGAAUCCACCAUGCGCGGGUUCAAUUCCCGUCGUUCGCCCAUCGCAUUAUUGCAAAUUCCAAAAAUGCAAUUUUCCAUAUUCCUAGUUACGUAUUUACUUACGGCGACGAAGAAUAAAACUAUCGCUAUAUUUUUUCCUUUUCCUAGUUCUUCUUCCAAGCGCAGGAUAACCCCAAGGGGUUGUGGGUUUUUUUCUACCAAUGGGAGCUUUCCCUUCACCGCCCCCAUGGGGGUGGUCCACAGGGUUCAUAACUACCCCUCUUACUACGGGCGUUUACCUAGCCAACACUUAGAUCCGGCUCUACCCAAACUUUUUUGGUUCACCCCAACAUUACCCACUUGUCCGACUGUUGCUAAGCAAUUUUGGGAUACUAAACGGACCUCCCCAGAUGGUAAUCUUAAAGUGGCCGAUUUACCCUCUUUUGCAAUGAGUUUCGCUACAGCACCUGCUGCUCUAGCUAAUUGCCCACCCCUUCCACGUGUGAUUUCUAUGUUAUGCAUGGCCGUGCCUAAGGGCAUAUCGGUUGAAGUAGAUUCUUCUUUUCUCUCAAAAAACCCCUUCCCAAACUGUACAAGCUUCUUCCAAAGCAUACGGCUUUCUAGAUGUAUAUGACGAUCUCUAGACAGAUGGAUCUUAUAUGAAUCAUAUGAUGAAGUACCACAUGAGUGGAUAUAUAGGAAAGGAAUCCAAAUCUGCCGAAUCGCUCAUGUUAUGAUCUUCUACAUCCUAGGUCUCUGCGUUCCGUCAUCUGGCUUAUGUUCUUCAUGUAGCAUUCAGAUCGAAUGACUCUAUGAAAUUACGUCGAUACUUCCACAUAUUAUGGGUAACGUAGGAGACAUCCCUAUUUUCCCCCGGGGGUCUUAAUUACCACUGCUUAGCUUUCAAUUUGCCUCUGACCAUCAAA